CUAACACACCACACCACACCACACCACACCACACUACAUUUCACAAUGCAAAGUUAUCUCCAAAUAACCACUUUCACUUUCUCUCUCCUAAUAAUCUACUCCCUCUCACUCCCAUCUCCAACCCAAGCUAACAACUUUGUUACAACCAUAGAAGAUGAACAAGAAGUCCAACAACUUAUUGGUCUAAACUUCAACAAACAAAAACUAACCCACUUCAAGCUCUAUUGGCACGACGUCCUUAGCGGCCCGAACCCGACAUCAGUCUCGGUCAUUAACCCGCCCAAUAAGAACUCCCCCACCGGGUUCGGCACCACGAACAUGAUAGACAACCCGUUAACAUACGGGCCAAAGUUGGGCUCAAAGCUUGCGGGCCGGGCCCAAGGGUUUUACGCCUCGGCGUGUCAAAAGGAUGUAGGGCUUUUAAUGGCCAUGAACUUUGCUUUCAUGGAAGGGAAGUAUAAUGGUAGUACAAUCACGGUGUUAGGGAGGAAUAUGGUGUUUGAUAAGAUAAGAGAAAUGCCUAUAAUUGGUGGGAGUGGUUUGUUUAGGUUUGCUAGAGGUUAUGUUCAAGCUAGGACUAAUACUUUUAAUCUUAAGAAUGGUGAUGCUACCGUUCAAUAUGAUUGUUAUGUCAUGCAUUACUAAAAUUUUGUGAGGAAAAUAUUUCACAAGAUGCCUCAUCUAGAGGGUGGAUCGUGAUCAGGUUCAACAGGCACAUGAAUUAGUAAAUUAGCUGCAGAACUUCUGGGAAUUCGUCAACCAGCGCUAUUCCUUGGAAUCGGAUUAGAUUUAUUUUAUGUCAUUUUUCUUUUCUAGCUUCAUUUAGUACUCUAGUUCCCUUGGAUUUUUAGUCCAUGUGAAAAAAAUAUCAAGAAAAUGUAGAUGUAAUAUCUGAAAUCAUCAUUUUGGAUGAAUUACAAAGAAUUGAAGUUGAAAGUGGACACUAUGAUGAUCCACUCUCAAAUAUACUUUGGCAAAGUUGCUAAUAAAAACCUUCUUUUUGGUAUAA